GCUCCACAGAACUGGAGGAUCUCUGUCUGGUCCGGUGUGAGAUCCCUCCGGGCUUCCCAGCUGAAGCCAAACACCCCGCGCGGCCAGGAGCGAGGAUGGAGUGGCUGGUGUUGAGGAAGCUCUUCUGUCAUCUGUCUACCUUCCAACUGAUUUGGUUCUUGGCUGCCAUGAUGUUAUGCAGGGCACAAGUGGAGACCCGAGAUGUAAGAGAGUUGCUGAACACACCUGCUUCUUUAAGAUGCUCUCUGCAACAUCCCCAGGAAGUUUUGAUUGUGACAUGGCAAAAAAUCAAGGCUGUAAGCCCAGAAAACAUGAUCACCUUUAGCCAGAACCAUGGGGUUGUAGUCCAGCCUGCCUAUAAGGACAAGAUAAACAUCACCCAGCUGGGACUCUUGAACUCAACCAUUACCUUCUGGAAUACCACCUUGGAAGAUGAAGGGUGUUACAAGUGCCUCUUCAAUACCUUUGGUUCUGGGAAGAUCUCAGGAAUAGCCUGCCUCACUCUCUUUGUACAGCCCACAGUAUUCCUUCACUAUAAAUUAUCUGAAGACCACCUAAAUAUCACUUGCUCUGCCAAUGCUCGCCCAGCCCCUGUGAUCUCCUGGAAGGUCUCUGGGUCAGAGAUUGAGAACAGUACUGAGAUUCUCUCACAACCCAAUGGGACAACGUCUGUCACCAGCAUCCUCCAGAUCAAAGACCCCAAGAGUCAGGUGGGGAAAGAGGUGAUCUGCCAGGUACUGCACCUGGGGACUGUGACCGACUACAGGGAAACUGUGCACAAAGGCUUUUGGUUUUCAGUUCCACUACUGUUAAGUAUUGUUUCCUUGGUAAUUCUUCUGGUCUUAAUUUCAAUCCUACUAUACUGGAAACAUCGUCGGAACCAAGACCGAGAGCCAUAGAGGAGUCACACAGAACCCUGAAAGUUAUUCCCUGGUCUACUUGAAUCUGACUCAGGAGGCAAGCAGGAGAAAGAGGGUCAUUCUCCAAGGAACCUAAAAGAGCAAAA